AUGUCUGCAACUGAUAUAAACAUCAAGAAGAAAGCUAGCAAAAGUUCAAGAAGACGUAAGAAGAGAAGAACAGCAGAAUCAUCAGAAUCAGAUUCAUCAUCAUCCUCGUCGUCAUCAGAGAGUGAGAAUGAAAGUGUUCAUGAAGAUAUAGAUGUAAAUAUUGAACAAGAGGAAGCUGAUUUUAGCGAGAAAACACAGAAUGAAGAUAUGGUAACCAAAGAGAAACUUGAACCUGAACUGAUUGAUAAAUUAAAUAAUAUACCUUUUACUAUAUCUGAAUUUUCUAAGAAAGGCCAAGUAAGGACAGCAAUAAAUUCGAUCGAUUUGAACAGUGUUAAGAAAGAGAUCGAAUCUGAUAGAACUAUUUUACUUGAACAAGUAUCUAUAGCCAGAUCAAAAAGAGACAAUGAUGAUGACAUGAUCUGCGAUGAUAAUAAGAUAUCACUAAUCCAAAUGGCCAACUUGGUUAAAGGUGGCUACGGCAUGUUUGAUGUCAAAUCAUUAAAUAAAGCAUCUGAACUUUAA